AUGCUACUCACAACAAGUGCUCCACGAUUAUUGAGCUCUAUCGCUGGGAAUCUGACGACACCAAUGAGCACAAUCCAAGACAAUCACGAGAUCAUUGAUUAUGUGAACCGCGUGAAGAGCAUCUAUAUGUGGCUCAUACCAUGCAUGAUUGUCAUCCUUUUGCUAGCGAUUCUUGGGAACGGUAUAAUCGUUCUCUCAUCUCCAUGGCUUUCAGCUCCAGUAUCGCCGUAUUUAAAAUUAUGCGUAUCACUGGCCGCUGCUGAUAUGUGGGCAGCCACUUUACUUAUAAUGGGCCUUCUUGUGAAUUCGUACCUUCCUGUGGUUUUUGGGGUCCAAAAGAACACAAUGUGCUAUGAUGCAUUGUUAGAGAUGUUCCGAAUUUCCGGAAUGCUCACUUCCGAUAUGCAUCUAUUCGCGUUGGCAAUCAACCAAUUUUUGGGGACAAUGUACCCGCUAAAAUAUAAGGUGAUGGUAACAACUCGUCGAAUUCGCUACAUCGUGUUCUGCCUUUGGAUUGUGCCGCUCAUUUUUGUGUUUGGAUGGUUUGUCGCGAAUGAAGAUGACGGAUUACGUCACGCGCAAUGUCUAUUCAGAUUUUACAAUCGAUUCCCAUUCAGAAUAACGAUUUUCUUAAUAUUUAUGCUCCCCUUGAUAUCAACCCUAAUAAUCUAUGGGUGUAUUCUUGUGAAGCUGCUCAAAGCGAAAGUUGAGUUUGAGACAUACUGUAGCGAUCGGAGCAUUGAGAUGAACAAUAAGGCUCGAAGAAACUAUAGUACUCGAAGCACGAAUGUUUACUCAAAGCUUAAACUUGUAUGGACCACUUUGCUCAUUGUAUCCACAUUUUCGCUAUCCUGGGGACUAUGCGUCCUGUAUUUCGUCCUGGUAUGCGCUGAUGGGUGUAUGCUGAUUUACCGGCAGAACAUCGGCCUAUAUAUGAGCUUGUUCCUCAAUUCAUCGGUCAAUAUUUUGGUGAUGCUCAAGCUUGCUUCGAACCCGUUCAUCUACACUCUUCGCAUCAAGGCGAUUCGCUCUUCAGUCGAUCACUUUAUCAAUUUCAUUUUCCGUCGCAAAUCGCCAAGAAAGCACAAGAGCAGCUUUGCGCCGACCACAACCGUAGAGCCGAGCGCCAUUUAG